GCUUGUGCGAGUCGAGGGCUUUAGCUUUUCUGCGUCCUCCCCUCCCCUCCGCGCUCCACGCCGGGUCUCUCUCUGCAGCUUGCUUUGGCUCCUUAGGACGGCGUGAGAGUUCCCGAAAACCUCGCGUCGCCGCCGCUUCGCGCCGCUCCUGCCCCAGCCUCUGCGCCUUCUCCCGAGCCCUCCGCUCCCGCCAUGGGGCCAACGUGGGGCCCCUAAGAGUUGCCGCCUCUUAGCCGCGCGCUCCCUGGCGGGCCCGAGCCCCUGCGGGCGGGAUAUGGCUUAGGGCGCCAGAAGGGCCAGCCUAGAGGUGACGCGUAGGGGAAACGACGGCUCCCGGGGGUAAACGAGGCCAAACAAUGAGUUUCCACAAGGAGGACGGAGUGAGCAGCCUGUGCCAGAAGGCGCUGCACAUCGUCACAGAGCUGUGCUUCGCGGGCCAGGUGGAGUGGGAGAAGUGCUCCAGCAUCUUCCCCCCGGACAGGGGCAGCCAGGGCGGCGGCAGCACAGACAUUUCAGUCAGCCUGUUAGCAGUCGUUGUCAGCUUUUGUGGCCUGGCCUUGUUGGUUGUCUCACUUUUUGUCUUCUGGAAGUUGUGCUGGCCUUGCUGGAAGAGCAAACCCCUGGCUUCCAACGUCAGCACACUCCCACCGAGCGUUUCAAGUGCUCCUACUGAAGUUUUUCAAGAGACUGAAGAGAAGAAAGAAGUUAAAGAAAAUGGAAAGCCAGCACUAAAAGCUAUUGAGCCCGCAAUAAAAAUCAGCCACACUUCCCCUGAUAUCCCAGCAGAAGUCCAGACUGCUUUAAAAGAACAUUUAAUUAAACAUGCACGUGUGCAGAGACAAACUACUGAGCCGACAUCUUCAUCCCGCCACAAUUCCUUCAGAAGACACCUCCCAAGGCAAAUGCAGGUCUCCAGCGUCGAUUUUGGCAUGGGCACGGAACCCGUCUUACAAAAAGGAGAAACCACCACCAGCAUUGGGAGGAUAAAACCAGAGCUCUACAAACAGAAAUCAGUCGACUCUGAGGACGACAGGAAGGAAGAUAUCAAAGUCUGUGGGAAGCUUAACUUCACCCUCCAGUACGAUUAUGAAAAUGAACUUCUAGUUGUUAAAAUUGUCAAAGCCCUAGAUCUCCCUGCUAAAGACUUCGCAGGAACAUCUGACCCUUACGUGAAGAUGUAUCUUCUUCCAGACAGGAAAAAGAAAUUUCAGACCCGUGUGCACAGAAAGACUUUAAAUCCUCUAUUUGACGAAACUUUUCAGUUUCCUGUAGCAUAUGAUCAACUAAGCAACCGAAAACUACAUUUCAGUAUAUAUGAUUUUGACCGAUUUUCUAGACAUGACAUGAUUGGGGAAGCGAUUCUUGACAAUUUGUUCGAAGCCUCUGAUCUCUCCAGGGAAGCCACGAUGUGGAAAGAUAUCCAUUGUGCCACCACGGAAAGUAUAGACCUGGGUGAAAUCAUGUUUUCCCUUUGUUAUUUGCCAACUGCUGGACGUAUGACAUUGACAGUCAUCAAGUGCAGAAAUCUGAAGGCCAUGGAUAUCACUGGUUCAUCAGAUCCUUAUGUCAAAGUGUCUCUGAUGUGUGAGGGUCGAAGAUUAAAAAAGAGAAAAACAACUACAAAGAAAAACACUCUGAACCCCGUGUACAACGAGGCCAUUGUUUUCGACAUCCCUCCAGAGAAUGUGGACCAGGUCAGCCUCUCCAUUGCAGUCAUGGAUUACGACAGGGUGGGACACAACGAGGUCAUAGGAGUGUGUAGAGCAGGACUGGACGCUGAGGGUCUUGGGCGAGACCACUGGAACGAGAUGCUGGCUUAUCACCGCAAGCCGAUAACACACUGGCAUCCCUUGCUGGAGUUACCUGGCCGGGCGACCAGUUUUGAUAGUCAAGGAUCCUGUUCAUCUCCCAAACCACCUUCCACACCGUAAUGCCUCGAAAAUAAGACCAUUAUAGUAAGGACGCAGGACCGUGUACUCAGCAGAUCAGAAAAGAGUGAGAGGUUUGAUUUCCUCAUUUAAAAUAUAUCCUGAUCAUGAACAAACUUCGUGUGCAACUUUUACUUUUUUUGUCUGCUUAUUAACUUUGGACAUCUUGGUGUAUUUUACUUGAAUAUUAAUGGUUCUUACUUACAUAAGGCAUUUUAUUCUUCGUGCCAUAAGCCUGUUAGCACAGAGUGUUUUAAUAAGUUGUAAAUUCUUUGCAUAAGCAAAGAAAUACAUUUUUUUCAAAAGA